UCACAUACACACACAUACAUGCACAUACACUCAAUCUCUCUCUCUCUCCCACUCCCCUCCCGCUGUUGUUUGGACUCUGGACCAGCGGAACCACAUUUUAACCCACGGACACAAACAGAACCUACAGCCGAGUCUGAAGCAGCGAAGAUGAUUAAACUGUUUUCACUGAAGCAGCAGAAAAAAGACGCGGAGUCCGCGGGAGGAAACCAAGCCGGAGCCGGAGGAAAGAAGGCCAGUGCGGCCCAGCUGCGAAUUCAGAAAGACAUCAAUGAGUUGAACUUGCCCAAGACAUGUGAGAUCAAUUUUCCAGAUGAUGAUGACCUCUUGAACUUCAGACUCAUCAUUUCGCCUGAUGAGGGUUUUUACAAAGGAGGAAAAUUUCUUUUCAGCUUUAAGGUAGGACAGGGGUACCCUCAUGAGCCUCCUAAGGUAAAAUGCGAGACAAUGGUUUAUCAUCCUAACAUCGACCUGGAGGGAAACGUCUGCCUAAACAUCCUAAGAGAAGACUGGAAACCAGUGUUAACAGUGAACUCCAUCAUCUAUGGACUACAGUACCUGUUUUUAGAGCCAAACCCUGAGGACCCGCUGAACAAAGAAGCUGCUGAGGUCCUGCAGACCAACCGUCGCCUCUUUGAGCAGAAUGUGCAUCGCUCCCUGCGAGGCGGAUACGUGGGUGCCACCUACUUUGAGAGGUGUCUGAAAUAAACGCCCUGCUCUGACCCCUCCCCUGCACGCAUCAUCUCCUGCUGCUGCUACUCCUAACGAGGUGGGGGCAGCGGCGGCAGCUGAACGCAGCACGCCACAGCAGGACACUAAAACACGCCCCUUUCCCCUCCCCCUCAUUUCUUGUUUGAUUUGAAGCGUUUACACACCAGACUGGACUUCUAAGAUGGCCGACAGAGGGCGGCCUCAUAUAACCAUGGUGGUCAUGAUGAUGGGGUGGGUGGAGCUGAGGGGGGGUCAGUGUUUGGCUGAAUGACGCCAGCCUCUGAUGAUGAUGAUGAUGUUUUUCUUUCUUUUUUUUUUUUUUUUUUCUUAUUUUAUUUUAGUGACGGCCAGUGGGGCCAGUGUCCCAUGGGGUCAGAAGGUUGUGAACUCUUCCAGGUUUGAUGCAGGGGGAUUGAUAAAAUAUGAGAAGUCAUAGUUGAUUAAAAAAAAAAACUCUAAGAGUCAAGGGGGUGGGGUUAAAAGUGGAAUGGCUACAGCCGGUGUCUUCUGCUGCAGCCUACAGGAAGCUAAACAGAACAGUGUGGUCUAUCGAAGACACGGAAACAUUGGUUGUGACAUUGGUUGUUGGGUGAAAGAGGAAUUUAGGAGGGGGUCCUGGGCAAUGCAGACAUGUAACCUAUGUUGAGGUGAAAAUGUUUUUGACCUGACCUGGUUGUCUUGCGCACGCUGAAUCGAAACAUUCUGAAAGUGGUGGGUAGGUCUGGUCAAAGAGGGCGGAGCCUAAAAGUCUGGACAGCAGUAAUUAGAUGCACGGGAUUGGCUACUUGUCACAGGCUGAUGCUGUCGUUGGGUUGGACUGUCACGAUGUUUUAACAGAGCAUGUCCUGGGAGGGAUUUAGGGGAGGGGUUGUUGGUUUAGGUUACUUGAGUGGGUGGGCAAAGUAAAAUGGGAGGGGCCUAAAUGUUAGGAAUCUGUUGUCUUUAUUAAGUUGAUCUGUUCACACUGACUGCAACCAUUUCUGUGAAAUAAAAUAUGAACUGAACCUUAAUGGUCCGGAUAAUACGAGCCUGAACUUAGCCAGUCAUGUGACCAUGUUUAGGUCAGACAAAUGUUUUGUCUCUGAUUUGUCCAGGUUUCUUUUUAUUUUUCUAGAGGCUCCUUCUUUACUACGGUCACACUUUUGUUGCAGUUCCAUGUUUGAUCCAAUAUAUUUUCCUAAGUUGGUAUUUGA